CAGGAAGGGCGCUCCUGGUGCGUGCACCUGACAGACAGAGGUGAUGGAAUUAGCCUUGGCCAAGCGUUCGUGUCUGCUCUGCCUCCCUUGCCAGUCCCAUGCAUAUCCAUCCCCAGGACUAAACUUCCCAUGAGCCAGGGUCACAGACACACCAGCCAGGGCCGAGAGUCUAGAGAGGCCGGAGCCCCCGGGGGGCAGCCGGGAGCAGCAGCGCGCCGAGGCCGCACCUGACUCUGCCGGGUUGUCUCUCCUGUCUUGCAGAUCCUCCAGCCACUCGAUGGGGAUUCACCAAGCACCUCCUGUGUGUGUCACCUUCCCACCUCUCUGUAGCAAGAGAAGUGCCUGCCGCGCCUCCACAGUCAUGAUGACGAAACUGGUAUUAACUGAGUGGCACUUAUGGAUUUUUAACUCUAACUCACAGUGAGCCAGCAAGCCAUAUGUUUACAGUCCAACCAAAAUCCCUUCUGUUUUGCUGCACGUCUCCUGCGAUUGUGAGAAGUACAAGGAGGAAUAUAAGUGUCACUUGCCGAGGAGGGCACGCGCACCUGAAGCAGAACAAGAAGACGUCUUAAUUUAUCACUGAAGAGAGAUGAUAGUAUUAUUUAUAUAGAUAGAAUAAAUAUAUAUAUAUUUUUGGUGGUAAUGAAAAUGGCUCCGCAGAAUGCCGACUCAGAAUCUAUGCAAGUUCAGGAGUUGCCCGUGCCCCUGCCAGACCCGCAGAAACCCGGAGACACGGAGGCGGAGAACCGCGACGAGACCAUCAGCGAGGGGUCCAUCGACAGGAUCCCCGUGCGUCUUUGGGUGAUGCACGGGGCGGUGAUGUUCGGCAGGGAGUUCUGCUACGCCAUGGAAACAGCGCUGGUCACACCUGUACUGUUACAGAUUGGUCUCCCGGAGCAGUACUACAGCCUCACCUGGUUCCUGAGCCCCAUCCUCGGCCUCAUCUUCACCCCGCUCAUCGGCUCGGCCAGCGACCGCUGCACCCUGAGCUGGGGCCGCCGCCGGCCCUUCAUCCUGGCGCUCUGCGUGGGCGUGCUCUUCGGCGUGGCCCUGUUCCUCAACGGCUCGGCCAUCGGCCUGGCCCUUGGCGAUGUCCCCACCCAGCAGCCCAUCGGCAUCGUCCUCACCGUGCUGGGGGUGGUGGUGCUGGACUUCAGCGCCGACGCCACCGAGGGGCCCAUCCGCGCCUACCUGCUGGACGUGGUGGACAGCGAGGAGCAGGACAUGGCCCUCAACAUCCACGCCUUCUCGGCAGGCCUCGGCGGGGCCAUCGGCUACGUGCUGGGAGGGCUGGACUGGACGCAGACCUUCCUGGGCGGCUGGUUCCGGACGCAGAACCAGGUGCUCUUCUUCUUCGCCGCCAUCAUCUUCACCGUGUCGGUGGCCCUGCACCUCUCCAGCAUCGAGGAGGAGCAGUACAGCCCGCAGCAGGACCGCGGUGCGGAGGACGCCCCCGCCCCGCCGGGCGCCCGGCGGGCCAGCGCCCUGAACGCCCUGCAGGACGGCCGCGCCCCGUUCCCCGACGAGGUGCAGUCGGAGCACGAGCUGUCCCUGGACUGCCUGGACGUGGACAUCGUGCGCAGCAAGAGCGACUCGGUGCUGCACGUGCCGGACGCCACGCUGGACCUGGAGCCGGAGCUGCCCUUCCUGCACGACAUCGAGCCCUCCAUCUUCCACGACGCCUCCUACCCCAGCACCCCGCGGAGCACCAGCCAGGAGCUCCCGAGGGCGCGGCUGCCGCGCCUGUCCACCUGCCUCAGGGAGGCCGGGGAGGACGACACCCUGCUGGACGGUCACCUGAAGGAAGCCCAGGUCCCCAACGGGAGCGGCUCCCCGCCGAGGGGGGCCCCGGGCGGCCCCGGCAGGGCGGCGGCCAAGGCCCCGGCCCCGGGCGGCUCGGUGCGGCGGCGCCGGCACACGUUCCGCCGGCAGGCCUCCAGCACCUUCUCGUACUACGGCAAGAUCGGCUCCCACUGCUACCGCUACCGGCGCGCCAACGCCGUGGUGCUCAUCAAGCCGUCCCGCAGCAUGAGCGACCUGUACGAGCUGCAGCAGCGCCAGCGCCGGCGCUGCCGCCGCCGCCACCAGAGCGGGGCCACCACCUCCAGCGGGGACACGGAGAGCGAGGAGGGCGAGGGCGAGACCACCGUGCGCCUGCUGUGGCUGUCCAUGCUCAAGAUGCCCCGGGAGCUGACGCGCCUGUGCCUCUGCCACCUGCUCACCUGGUUCUCGGUCAUCGCCGAGGCCGUCUUCUACACCGACUUCAUGGGCCAGGUCAUCUUCGAGGGGGACCCCAAGGCGUCCUCCAACUCCACCGCCUGGCACGCCUACAACGCCGGCGUGAAGAUGGGCUGCUGGGGCCUGGUCAUCUAUGCUGCUACCGGUGCUAUUUGCUCAGCCCUGCUGCAGAAGUACCUGGACCACUACGACCUGAGCAUCCGAGUGAUCUACGUGCUGGGGACGCUGGGCUUCUCGGUGGGCACGGCCGUGAUGGCCAUGUUCCCCAACGUCUACGUGGCCAUGGUCACCAUCAGCACCAUGGGCGUCGUCUCCAUGAGCGUCUCCUACUGCCCCUACGCCCUGCUGGGCCACUACCACGACAUCAAGGAGUACGUGCAGCACAGCCCCGGCAGCUCCAAGCGCGGGUUCGGCAUCGACUGCGCCAUCCUCUCCUGCCAGGUCUACGUCUCGCAGAUCCUGGUGGCGUCGGCGCUGGGCGGCGUGGUGGACGCCGUGCGGACGGUGCGCGUCAUCCCCAUGGUGGCGUCCGUGGGCUCCUUCCUGGGCUUCCUCACGGCCACCUUCCUGGUGAUCUACCCCAAAGCGCCAGAAGACGCCAAGGACGAGGGGAAGGGCGGCCGCAGGGGCAGCGAGAAGCCCACGGUCCUGAAGCUGUCUCGGAAGGACGGCCCGCCCGGGCCCGCGGAGGCCGAGUCGGUGGUGUGAGGCGCGGCCCGCCGCCCGCCCGCCCGCCGGGCCCCGUAGGUGUAGGGUAGCUUUGAGCUGUUAGGCAACGUAUCGCACUAAUUACUUUCUCCACAAUUAAAAAAUCAUUUGAAAUCUU